AUGGAAUAGCCAAAAAAAAUUCCCGCCAUUUAAAAAUAUAUAAAAAACGUAGAGAUCCGUUUAUGCUGCGUGAUGAUGAAUUUCAAAUGAGGUACCGAUUUUCAAAAAAGGGCGUAGAAAAAAUAAUUGACUUGGUGAAACAGGACUUAACGUUUGAUAAUAGAGGCGCUGGAACUUCCGCAAGAUUACAAGUUAAGUAGCUUUGCGAUGUUGGAGUCGUAGAGAAGUAACUAAUCUUUUUCAAAUACUAUUACAUACUAAAAGCUUUUAAUAUAAAAUGUACAAGACGAUGCAGGUGAUUUACACGGCCUUAGCCAGGCUGCCACUGACUGCAUUUGCGUUAGUAGCUAGUGCUCUUGCAAAACAUGCCGCAACUGUGAUUAAAAUGCCAGAAUCAUUGAUAGAAGAGGAAGCAAAUAUGAAAAGCUUCAAACGCAUAAAAAAUUUUCCAAAUGUGAUUGGUGCAAUUGAUUGCACGCACAUAAAAAUUAAAAAAGUGGGUGGAGAUAUUACCCAAUAUUAUAUAAAUGGGAAAGGGUAUUAUUCAUUAAACGUACAAGUGGUAUGUGAUGCAAAUUUAAAAAUUUGCAAUGUAGUCGCAAGAUGGAGAGGUAAUACGCACGACUGCCGGAUUUUCGAUGAGUCAAUUUUUAAACAACAGUUAGAGGCAGGUAAAUUCAAAGGGCGCUUAGUUGGCGAUUCAGGAUACAAACUUUAACCAUACCUAUUCACUCCAAUACUGAAACCACAAAACGCAAA